AUCCAUCCUGCCGAUGCUGUGAAACUCGGGCAGGCUGAACUUGUGGUAAUUGAUGAAGCUGCUGCCAUUCCCCUUCCUUUGGUAAAGAACCUAUUGGGCCCUUAUCUGGUCUUCAUGGCUUCUACAAUCAAUGGAUAUGAGGGCACCGGCCGUUCCUUGUCCUUGAAACUGAUCCAACAGUUACGACAAGAGAGUGCACAGGCCCAAGCCAGCAUAACUGCAGAGAACAAAAUAACCACUGCAGCUAAACUGUCCUCAGCCCGUACAUUGCAUGAAGUUUCGCUUCAGGAAUCCAUUAGAUAUGCUCCGGGAGAUCCAGUGGAAAAGUGGCUGAAUGAUUUGCUAUGCUUGGAUUGUCUCAACAUCACGAGAAUUAUAUCUGGUUGUCCAUUGCCUGAAACCUGUGAUUUAUACUAUGUGAACAGAGACACUCUGUUCUGUUAUCACAGAGCGUCAGAAACGUUUCUUCAGAGAUUAAUGUCCCUGUAUGUGGCUUCUCACUACAAGAAUUCUCCUAAUGACCUCCAGAUGCUUUCGGAUGCUCCAGCCCAUCAUCUUUUUUGCCUUUUGCCACCGGUGCCACCUACUCAAAAUUCCUUGCCUGAAGUCCUUGCUGUGGUCCAGGUAUGUUUGGAGGGUGAGAUAUCACGACAAUCUAUUAUGAACAGCCUGUCUAGAGGGAAAAAAGCCUCAGGAGAUCUCAUUCCGUGGAACAUCUCAGAGCAG